AGGAGGCGGCGCUUCCGCGGGGGGAGGAGCCACCGUGAGUUCGCGGAACCUCAGAGUCCGGAGCCGGAGCCCGGGCGCGGGGACGGGAUGCAGCCGCCGCCCAGGAAGGUGCGUGGGAGCCCAGAUGUGAAGUUCAGCUUCUCGGAGCAGCUGUGCAAAGCCCAGAGCCGGCAACAGCUGGAGCUGGAGCUGUUGGAGGACCUCAGGUUGUUUGGUAAACAGAGAGCUGCCAUUGAGAAGGAGUAUGGUCAGGCAUUGCAGAGACUGGCUGCCCAGUUCCUAAAGAAGGACUCGAGCAGGGGGAAGGCGGAGGCGAGUGACAGCAGGACCACCUUUGCCGCCUGGCGCAACACCAUCGAGGCCACUGCCCAGCUCGGGCAGGCGCGGACAGCGGCCGCAGAAGCCUACCGGACGGUCACCACAGAGGCAGGGAAGACAGGGCGCUUGGCUAAGGACGUCAGGCUGAAGAAGUGCUCGGAGCAGCUGCUGCAUGUCCAGGCAGAACUGACCGAGGCCGUCAAGGAGCUGAACAAGGCGAAGAAGCGAUACUCGCAGCGGCAGCGUGUGGCCGAGAUGGCGCGGGAGAAGGCGGCCGAGGCUGAGGCCAAGUCAAAGAAGAGUGAGUUUGGAAUAUUCCAUUCAAAGACCAGCCUGCAGAAGCUCAGUGUGAAGCUCUCCUCCCGGUUGUUGGAGUGUAACCAACGUGUAACUGAAGCCCGGAACGAGUACCUGCUGACACUGGCUGCGGUGACAGCACAUCAGGACCACUACAUACAGACCGACCUGCCCCAGAUCCUGAAGAACCUGGAUGGUGAUGUGUAUGAGAGGCUGCAGGAGCUCCUGGCCCUCAUCAGCAAGACGGAAAUGGACACUUCUCAGCUGGGACAGGAGUGUUUCCAGAAUGUUCUAGAGUCCUCCAGGAAGAUUUCGCGGGAGACGGACCUCCGGAUAUUUCUGCAGGACAACCCUGUGUUCACCGAGGUGACCACCUUCACCUUCCAGCCCAGCUGCUCGGACAAGGUUUGUCAGCUGGAGCUGGAGCUGAGCACGGGGAGCGGAGAGACGAGCCUGGACAAGGAGGCCCGGAAGUGGGCAACAAAACUGGCCAAUCAGCACAAGGUGGUCGCCCACGGAGACCGGGUUUUGCGGAACUUGGUGCAGCGACAGCAGCUGCUGUCCGAGGAGGAGGCGGCAGGAAUCGAGCUGAAGAUGGAGGAGGUUAAGGAGGGCAUCAGGAAGGCUGAGGUGAGCAAGCGGAAGGCGGCUGCGCGGUUGGCGUUGCUGCGGGCAGCGGGGGUGCCAGUGGACUCCUGGGUCAGCAGCACCAUGUCGCAGGCCUGCGAGGAGCUGGAAAGGGAGAGGAGGCUGAGUGAGGCCCGAGUGUCCAAUGGAGGUCCCGAGUUCACUGAGUUGGAUUUCACUGACUUCGAGGAGUUCGAGGACGGCAGUGACACUCAGGAGGAAACGCAGGACCUGGCCCACGUAGCCGGAGCGCGUCUCUACCCCGUGCACUGUACCGUGCUCUACAGUUACCAGGCAGUACAGACUGAUGAACUGACCAUCACCCAGGGUGAGGUGCUUGAGGUGAUCGAAGACGGGGACGCAGAGGACUGGGUGAAGGCUCGGAACAGCGCGGCCCAGCUCGGCUACGUUCCCGAGAGGUACCUUCAGUUCCCCGGAGCAGCCAGGUGGAGCGGCGGGACCCCAGCGGACACUUCCCGCGACCUCACCUUGUCUUCCCCGUCCUCCAGCUCCACAGAGCAGGACCUGCUGGGCAGCAGCGGCCGGGGACAGGCGGGACCUGCAGGGCGACUGGCCAGAGCUCUGUACGACUACGAGGGACGGAGUGGGGAGGAGCUGUGCUUCCCGGAGGGAGCGCUGAUCCGGAUCCUGCACACCGGGGAGCGGGGAGUGGACGACGGGUUCUGGCAGGGGGAGUUCAGUGGCCGAGUCGGGGUCUUCCCUUCCCUCCUGGUGGAGCUGCUGAGCGAGAAUGGCGCGGACCCCCCGCUGGAUCCAGAGGACCCGACCCUGCUGUCUCCACCUCCGUUCUGCCCCCCUCCCCCUGACCUCGGUUCACUGGGCUUCCAUUCCUUGGGAGCUACGCAGCAACGACGCCGGCCGUCUCCGGUUCCCGGUGGUCAGACAGAUGCUGUGUGGAGCGUGGAUCCGGCUGGUGAAACUCCCACCAGGCAACUGACACCAGUUCAGGCUCCUCCCGCCCCCGUGUCACCGACCCCAGGCUCCCAACCAGAGGCAGGUUUCCUGGUCUGAUCGUUCCUGCCUCCACCCAGUCUCUCUCCAGCGGGCUGCGGGGUCUCUCGCUCCCAGCUCCCCGCCUCUCGCCGAGCGGUCUGACCGGAGACGGGAGCUGCCCUCCGAGAGCUCGGCCUGGCCAGUGGAGUGAUCAGUCAGGCAGCGGUGGGCGUCGCGGACAGCCUGGGACCACACAUCAGGGCUCUGGCGGAGAGCCUAGCACCCCUUCCAUCCCCUCCCUCCUGGUGUCCCCUGGACUGGGAACUGUCCUGGACCUGGUGUGGAGCGUCUGGGUGAACAGGACCCCCUCGCACACGAUGGUUUGGUAACCUGUGGGUGUGCAAAGUGUGUAAAGAGUGCGCGGAUGUAGGGGCGAGUGUGCACGGUGCGGCCAGGAGCUGCCUGGCGGGUCUGCACAGCCGCAGUCGGUCCGUGCGUUCACCCCGCGGGGAUUCCCUCGCCAGUGACAGCAUCGCGGGAGCCAGAACUCGCUGCCUGAAACGGUGGGGGGAGAGGGGCAGAGGGGCUCGAUGGGCCAAAUGGCCUUCUGCUCUGAGUGGUGACUGGGGAUCAGUUGGCAGGGUUUUCCGGUUGUUGGGAUGCUCUGGGAAGGCCGAUGGAAGCUGGAAUAACUCAUCGCCUCAGGGGAGGCAGACCUUUUCGCUCCAGGAACAAGGGCGGAUCCGCUGGCCGUAGAGGGUUCUCCGGAUUCCUGGAACGUUGCGUCUGGUGGAGGCUCAUCCUUCAAAUAAGGUCCAGCGUAUUCCUGAUGUAAAUAAAUUCUUGCUUGUACCCA